AGAUGAAAAAGCAAUCUUCACCAAACGCCUCGGCGAGUCACGACGAGCCAUACAACAACUACAUGAAAGCAUAUCGAGUGGCAAGGGCAAGGAUGAAGACACCCAGUAAGGACGGAUUAAGCAUUGAGGCGUCGUUUGGAAGCCCGCUGAAGAGAACCAUCACGGAAUCGAGCAGUAAAAUCAAAGCUGACGCAUCUGGCAGCAAGAAAAUGCCUCGAGCAAUCUCAGACUCUGACAGCUCAGACGUUGAUUCAAUCGACUUUGAGAUCAGAUCUGUCGGAGAUGUUACGAUCAAGGAGAUGCACCCUCGACGAUUGUCUGGUCGGAGAAACAUCCAGUUGUCAGCUAGUCGAUUCGGAACAACACCCGACGACAUGGUCGGCCAAGAUGAGAAGUCAGUCACUGAAUCUGAAUAUGUGGAAGUGAACAGGGUCAACCAGGAGUUGUCGAGCACGUUGAACUCUCUGCAGAAACUUUCGAAAGAACAAGACAAUGGGGGUGCAAAGCCCAUGGAGGUCAGCGAGACAGCAGCUCGCAAACCAGCAGCUGGCGCAAGCAACCCAGACGACUCGCAGGAGCAUGAAGUCGUGAUUGAGGCCGACGUGGGACUGAAAGGUCGAGGAUUGUUCAGUCCGAUAGAUGCCAAGGGAGAAAAGAAUCCUUUCAGCCCUGGGUACGAGAACCAUGCAACCGAGAAUGGGACUCGAUCGUCGCGCUCUCGUACGAACCUGAGCUUCCAGGAAGCAAAGGAUGGUAUCAGAAACGAAUUGCAGUCGAUGCACCAGCAAUUGUCCGUGGCUGACUAUGAAAGGAGCUCCAACGACGAAAGCUCGAGAGUGGAACAGCAUCUGUCAAAGGUCAAGUCACAACUGAAUUCAUCCGUCGAAGACCAGGAGCAGUGGCAGCAUUCUGAUCAGGUCCUCUCGCCUACCUCCUCACACAGCCCUGCCUGGUCCUCGAAGAAGGAGAAGCUCAAGGCCGAGCUCCAGAAGUAUACAGCCCAGCUCCGGAUGGCCAAGAAUGCCAGGAAGAACAGAGAGAGCGAGGAUCUAGCGCGCAUUCAGCACGAGCGGACGACAGAUGAAGUCUCUUCCGCGCAGAUCAACAUGGAGCUUGUCAAGGACGAAGACCCGUACUCGUUCGUCGGCUCUGACAAAGAGAACCGGGAGGAGGGGAUGACAGACUUGGAGCUGAGCAGCAGAGAUCACAUUGCAAAGCAGCAGGAGUACAUCAAGGAUGAGAUCAACCAGCAGCUCGAGAGCCUGGAGAGGCUCGAGGGAGAGACGAAGAAGAGCGUCAGCAAACACGAUCAGUCGAGCUCUUUUGCUGGCGUGUUUGGCAUGAACGAUCCGGCUCCCUUGGCUGAAUCCACCAACAAGAUCUCAGUCAAGUCUUCUUCCUUCGGCAACGCUGAAGACAAGACCAUGGAGAUAGCGGGGGAUGCGCCACCAGAGCACGCGCAGCCUGUCUGCUGUGGGUUUCUAGCGGCGUACUCGAGGCUGCCGGUCUCAGGCAUCUCCUUCGACUGGAGGGACACCAAGAGUGGAGCGAGGAACCGGCUCCUCGUGUCCUUCAGCUACGUCUUUGUCUAUGUCGCCAUCAUCGUCCUGUUCGCCUUGCUCUCCUUCAUCUUCGGGCUUUUCACUCCCUGGGGUUUUCCCACCUGGGCCAUCACGCUGCCGUCGCUCUUCUUUGGCUUCUUCUACGUCAAGGCUCAGCCCCGGCAGGUCAGAGGUGAGUUCACGUUGCCCGGGCCCGUGCAGGCCUUCUGGGUCUUUUGCAGCUGGAACACGGCCAUGACCUUUCUCGCUGCUAUCCUCUCGGCCAAUGCAGCUCGGUCAAUCCAGCCGCUGCUGUCAACGAGUUACUGUGACGGCAAUGCGGUGGUGUACAACUCCACGAGCAGCAGCAUUGAAACAACGUAUCAUUCGCCCUCCGACGUGCUCAACCUGGCCGUGUGUGAAUCAUGGAACAUGUGCAAAGGAGACGGGAUCAAGAUGGCAUCUUGCGGAGGCAUGUAUGGCAUGAACGUGUUCAACACCCUCUUCUUCCUCUUCUCCUCCUUCGCAUUUCUGUUCUGCUUGAUCUACUUGUACUACAUCGUCAACGUCCGACACCGCGAGUACCUCGAGGCUCUCCAUGGCAAGUUGACAACCUAUGAUGACCUCACCCUGGGCGCUUGCUGGGACAAGUUCCGCCAGUCAGACUUCUUCCUCUUCAUCACCGGCGACACGUCAGCGUUCGAGAAGGAGUCAGUGGAGAGCGAACAGGAGGAGCGUGAUCAUGGCCAUGGCCAUCAACAGCUGGAGAUCGUGACGCACGAGCACAUCAGCAUUGGCGACUCGAGAAACUCGGCGAGAAGCUCUCGGGUCAUCGACCCGAAGCUCCAGAGCCCAUCUGAGAACAUGUGUUGAGACAUGUGCAGCAACAAAAUGUGUUAAGCCUUUGAAAGUUCAUUUGUAAACUUAAGAGAAG